UGGUGAUGGAAUGUGUGCGAUGCUUUGGUGCCCUUGACUUCCGUAUCGCUCUCGCAGCGCACCACUCACUUGCCAAGAGAGUGUGCGCGAGUGAAUGGUGUGUGCAUCGCAGCCAAGACGGUGGCAGGAACAGACGGGCAGAUAGAUUGAGAGGGGCGGCUGAAGCACGACGAGAAAAGAGCAGCGAUGCCAUCCACAUCGAAAACAGCAGCUGUCGGGAAGGUGCUGCUGGUGGCAGUUGCGGUGGUGUUGACGAGUGUGUUGGUGAGCACGCGAGCCGUGCGGGCAGCAGGAGAUACAACAACAAAAGACGGUGCUGCACUGCCUGGCAGCGAAAAUGCCGAGGAGUACCAGCCAGGCCUUGCGUCGGCAAAGCUACGCGCAAGAGGCGUUCACAUCGGCUCCCCACUUCAUCAGGAAGAGCAGCAACAGAAGCACAAGCACCACCAGCAAGGCAGUGCGCGAGUGCUCGACAAGGAAACGCGCAUGGCGCAGGGGGAACAGAACUGCGUUGUGUCAGACUGGGUGGAUGUCAGCGCCUGCACCCACGCUUGUGGCGGGGGCACACAACAGCAAAUGAGAGAAGUGAUUGCACCUCCCUCCGAGAACGGCCGACCAUGCCCAGCGCUGGUCCGCAAGGUCGUAUGCAACGAAAACCCGUGCGAUGAUGACGGGAAUGCUGAGGCACAGUCUGUGGACUGUGUCCUCAGUGAAUGGGAGAACAUUGGUGGGUGCUCUCAACCGUGCAACCGUGGCACCCAGCGACAAGGCCGCAAGGUUCUGAGACCUGCGUCCAAUGGUGGCGCAGAGUGUGGUCCAACAACACGCACCGUGGUGUGCAACCCUUUCCCGUGCAAAGAGGACGGUGAUGCUAUGAUUGACAUUGACCCAAACGCGGCUGCAGCCUACGAUGUGGAUUGUGUCGUUGGGCCGUGGCGACAGCAGCAAGCGUGCACCAAAGCGUGUGGUGGCGGCGUGCGUAUCAUGCGGCGCGACGUUGUGAUUGAACCAGCUGGCAACGGUGCCGCCUGUCCCCCACUCCUCAACAUUCUCCCCUGCAACACGCACGAAUGCGCACGGUCCCGCCGUGCAGCUCUCCGGCAGCGCCAAAGUGCACCGUCAUCCGAACAGCCAGCAAAGUUCAGGGGCACACAGCCGCUGUGUACAGAUGCUCCCCACACGCCAGAGCGCGAUAUUGUUGAGUGUGAAAACAUGCCCACUGGAAGCACAUGCGAAUUCGACGCGCCAUCCAUCCACUCAACCUGCCAGAUGACAUGCACAGAUGGGCUGUGGUCACCAAUGCGAUGCACGGCGUGGAACGAUGGGGCGCGCCCGCGACAGAGAAGGCAGCGAGCAGCCGGCACAGCACACCAUGACUCACGCCACCACGAUCAACAAGCGCAACAACAACAGCAGCAGCGUCAAGAGCAGGAGGAGAUCCGUGGCCGCACAGGUGAUGGCAACGCUGAUCAUGAACAGGCUGCGUUCGUCUCCAAUAUGGUGUUGAUUGGCGGUGGCAUUGCCGCAGCGGUGGCCAUGGCAGGUGCUGCAGGCCUCGUACUGUAUCGAACCGUCACCACCACAUGGGCGUCAUCGUCGCAGUCAACAGCAACAACAGCAGCCACAGCAGCAACACAAGAGCACACGACCGCGCAAAAUACCACAACUGCCGCUGCUGCAAUUCGGCUCGCGCGCCUCCGCGUCAAGCGGCGUCGGUCAGACCCGCUCAUCAUGGAGGAACAGCAGCAACAGCAACAACAGCAGCAGCGUGGUGGCAGUAGCGGUGGUGUGCUGUCUGUACCACCCACGCUGCCAGUUAUCCAUGAGAGCGAUGAGGAAGGCGAGAUUGAGGGUGAAUGCGGCCGCAUCACCCCAACAAUGACGGAUCAGCAUGUCAUCCGUCGCCACGCGUUUGAGCGCAGAGAGUCGUUGCUUGCAGGCAUUCCACGCCCAUCGCCAACACUCCAAUAAAUGACCGCUGAGAAGCGAGAAAAGCGAGAGAAGGUGCUUUGGUGUUCGGUUGUGUGUGCGCCCAAGAAUUAACGUUACAAUACCCCUGCACAUCUGCUACUUUGUUCGAUCUCACUGUGUCCUUUCAGUAAUACACAAUGUCACUC